UAUUAUUGGUGAAUCUGUGUAUUAGUAUUGAAAUCUAAUCACACAAUGACACCCAAAAAGUUGUGAACUUUGGUGUGAUUGUAGGCACUUUUAUUUUGUUGAAAGAUGAUUUUAUUCCACCUGUAAGCUUACGCUUGGUGAUGACUAUAUUCAGCUGCUUCCACUUUCCUCAAGUCAAAUUAAGCAAGCCACUAAGUAUGAGUAUGAUCCUUUCUAUUUUGUUGCAACCUUGGUGUCCACUCAACUAGCUAGUAAUCUUCAUAUCCUACACCUGAUAAUAAUGACUAAUUCUUCUUCCACCAUCUUUCCUAUUCUGUUCAGAUUCAUACACUGACUUAAUUGAGAUCGUGACCGAUUCAAAACUAGUCUCAUAAUUGUCAAACUUUCCAUAGAAACUUGAGUUCAGAGAUGAACACGAAUGUUGGCAUCACUCAGCAAGCUUUGGAAAUGGAUUCUGGAGAGAAGCGUCUCCAUGAGCUUGGAUACAAGCAAGAGUUGAGAAGAGAGAUGACUCUAUUCAAGACGCUUGCAAUAACAUUUUCAAGCAUAGCAGUUUUCUCUGGAACACCACUAUAUGGCCCAAGCCUACGUUAUGCUGGUCCUGCAAGCUUAAUAUGGGGAUGGGUGGUAGUCACAUUUUUCACCUGGUUUGUUGGACUAGCCUUGGCUGAGAUAUGCUCCUCCUUCCCAACCACAGGUUCUCUUUAUUUCUGGGCUGCCCACUUGGCUGGACCCAAGUGGGGGCCAUUUGCAUCAUGGUGUUGUGCUUGGCUCGAGACCAUCGGAGUUGUUUCUGGAAUGGGUGCUCAGGCCUAUUCAGGAGCUCAGGCAUUACAAAUGAUCAUUCUUUUGUCCACUGGUACAAACAAGGGUGGAGGCUACUUUGCACCACGAAGUGUAUUUUUGGCUAUAUAUAUGGGCCUAAUCAUCAUAUGGGCGGUACUCAAUACGUUCGCGUUGAACCUAAUAGCAUUCCUCGACAUAAUUUCCAUAUGGUGGCAGGUAAUUGGUGGUAUGGUGGUGAUUAUAAUGCUCCCUAUCGUGGCACAGCCAACAAAACCAGCUUCUUAUGUGUUCACUCAUUUUGAGACAUCUCCCGAGUCAACUGGAAUACAAAGCAAACCUUAUGCAAUUAUAUUAUCAGUACUUCUAAGCAGCUAUAGUCUAUAUGGUUAUGACACGGCAGCUCAUCUAACAGAGGAAACAAAAGGGGCAGAUAGAACUGGUCCUAUUGCUAUUCUUUCUAGUAUUGGAAUCGUCACCUUAUUCGGAUGGGCUUAUUAUAUAGCUCUUACCUUCAGCAUUCAUGAUCUUAACUAUUUAUACGAUGUGAACAAUGAGACAGCCGGUGCACUUGUACCAGCACAGAUACUUUAUGAUGCUUUCCAUGGGAGGUUUAACAAUUCAGCUGGGGCUAUUGUGUUUCUAUGUAUCAUCUGGGUGUCAUACUUCUUUUGUGGGCUUUCAGUUACCACUAGUGCUGCUAGAGUAGUUUAUGCUCUAUCAAGGGAUAGAGGAAUCCCAUUUUCACCAAUAUGGAGAAGAGUUCACCCAAAGCGCAAGGUUCCAACAAAUGCUGUGUGGUUCUGUGCAGCCAUCAGCAUCAUUCUUGGCCUGCCCAUCUUGAAACUUGAUGUAGUUUUCACUGCCAUCAUUUCUAUAAGUACAAUUGGAUGGGUGGGAGGCUAUGCUGUCCCAAUUUUCGCCAGGCUAGUUAUGGCAGAGGAAAAUUUCAAACCAGGACCGUUCUAUUUGGGUAAAGCAAGAAGGCCAAUUUGCUUGGUGGCCUUCCUGUGGAUAUGUUAUACCUGUUCGACCUUCUUAUUGCCAACAACCUACCCCCUCCAAUGGAAAACUUUUAAUUAUGCACCAAUAGCCCUCGCUGUAGCAUUGACACUGAUAAUGCUUUGGUGGUUCUUGGAUGCAAGGAAAUGGUUCGAGGGACCGGUAAGAGAUUUUGAGAAACAAGAUGGAGACAUUUGAAUGUAAAUUGCAAAGUUGAUUAAAUGUUGAACCAUGGUACAACAUAAGAAACACUUCGGCUUUCAUUUUUAUUUUUAACUAGUCACAGGACCGCGCGUUGCGCGUAAUUAUUUUUUUAUGGUGAUCUCAUUAUUAUUAUUAUUAUUUU